AUGCCGGCUUACAAGGAGCAAUUGACAGGUGAUCAAGAGAAUGAUAGAGCACUUUUGUGGAAGCAAGCACAAGCAAAUAAGAAAGGGGAGUUCGAUGGUGAACUGUUGACAAAAACAGUUCUAAAGAUUGAUGAGUACCUACGACAAAAGCAUGAGGGUACAUUUUGUAGUAGUGGACCAAGUGACGAUGUCCUCACACAAGCACUCGAGAAGCCCGAACAUUCUGGUCGUGUGAGGGGCGUUGGUUGUUAUGUUACUCCAACAACAUAUUUUAAGAAAAGUGAAAGUGGAAUGGGGAAUGUGGUGCAAGAAAUGAAGGAGGAGUUUGGGAAACAAAUGGCCGAGAUGAAUGCGAAAAUCCUAGAGCUCCAGCAACAGGUUAUGAUGAAAGAGAGUGAGGAGAAAGGCAGUUGUUCUGUCAAGAAUGAAAAUGAUGUUGAGGAUGAGGAUGAUAUUGAAGAAGUUCCUCGUGACAAAGUCGUGCCAUUUGUCAAAGCACCAAAAGCUAAGUCAAGAAGACCUCAUGUAAGGGAGCCAAUGAAGUUGACGGCGACGGAUAUACCAAUGUCAUUAAAGAUGUUGCACAAAUACGCAAGUGUUGCACUCUUUGAUGGAUUCACAAUUAAAGGAAGCGUGGAUCCGCUUGUCUUCGGUCAUGAUCUAGAAGUUUUAAUUGGAUUUGAUGACAUUCAUCAUAUGUGUGAAUUGGAGGCUCUCGCAGCAUCGUGCAUAUGUAUGUACAUGUGGUACUUAUACAAGGAAUAUGAGAAUUCAGGAAUUCUUGAUAUAAUUCGAUUUGUUGAUCCAUAUGAUAUAUCACACAAUCCUAGUGUUACUCAAGCUAAAAAAGCGAGUAUUGUAGGCCAGAGGUUGAUUGGUACCAAAACUGAUCAACUUGUUUUAUUGCCAUGUAACGUUGGGUAA